UGACAGGCUGGGGAAGGUGGAGAGCGCAGUGAGGGGGGAGAGCAGGCAGCUUCCUGGAGGCAGAGCCCACCCAGACAGCAGGGAGACAGCACAGGGGACACAGCCUGCUGACCCCCAGUCACCCCACAGCUGCUGCCCAGGGGCACUCGGCGACCCCCGCAGACGCUCCCCGUCGGAGGCGCCCGGACCGGCUUCGCUCAUCUGGGUCUCUACCCUUCAGUGAUCGGGGAGGAACAAGGACGUCGGACCAGGGAGGCCAAGGAGGACACCAAAGGUGAAGAUGGGGAGCUCAGAGGACGAGCUGAUCGGCAUCCCGUUCCCGGAGCACAGCAGCGAUCUCCUGAGCAGCCUGAACGAGCAGCGGCACCGCGGUGUCCUCUGCGACAUCACCAUUAAAACGCGGGGCCUGGAGUACCGGACCCACCGCGCGGUGCUGGCCGCCAGCAGCCACUACUUCCGCAAGCUGUUCACAGGGGCUCAGCCUGGCUCCCCACCGCGGGACGUCUGCCAGCUCGACUUCCUGAAGCCCGACGCGCUGGGGGCCCUGCUGGACUUUGCUUACACGGCCACUCUGACAAUCAGCAACGCCAACAUGCGCGACGUCCUGCGCGCAGCCCGUCUCCUGGAAAUCCCCUGCGUGGUGGACGCCUGCGUGGAGAUCCUGCAGUGCAGCGGGGACGGGGAGAGCACCGAGGGGGACGCCGAGGACCUGGAGGGCUUCCUCAGAGCUCGGCAGUACUUGGAAGGCUACGCCGCACAGGAGAACGGGGAGGACAUCACCCCCCCGCCGGAGGAGACCUGCUCCCCACCCCCUCUCUCCAUGGAUGAGCCGCUCAAGCCGGUGCAGCUGAUCCCGCGCCGGCGCCGCAAGAAGUUCUUACAGGUGAAACCCAGCAUGAGGAUGAGAAAUGGCGACAGCCCUUAUCCCGUGGUAGAUGAGCCCUUUGAAAGGGAGCCCAGUCCUUUAGAUGCCCCCUCGCCUGCAGAAAUGCCCCAAAGCGACAGCGGCCUGGCUUACGAUAGAUACCCCACAGACAACGGGCUGGGGGCCUCACAAGUGUUUGUCCCACCUUCUCCGCCCGAGGAGAUCCUGUCCGACGAGGAGCCGGCAGACAUGGGCUUCCUGCACCCCCUGGAUCCCGACAACUCGGAGUUGGCCUCUUCGUCUCUGGACGGCUCGGACAAGCUGGUGCGGAAGAGGCGGUCGCAGAUGCCCCAGGAGUGCCCCGUUUGCCACAAGAUCAUUCAUGGAGCGGGCAAACUGCCCCGGCACAUGCGGACUCACACUGGGGAGAAGCCCUUUGUGUGCCAGGUCUGCGGCGUGAGGUUCACCAGGAAUGACAAGCUGAAGAUCCACAUGCGCAAGCACACGGGGGAGCGUCCGUACUGCUGCGAGCACUGCAACGCCCGCUUCCUUCACAGCUACGACCUGAAGAACCACAUGCACCUGCACACCGGCGACCGGCCCUACGAGUGCUCGCUGUGCCACAAGGCCUUCGCCAAGGAAGACCACCUGCAACGUCACAUGAAGGGGCAGAAUUGCCUGGAGGUCCGCACCCGCCGCCGCCGUAAAGAGGAGCCCCCCGCGCAACGCCUCCUCCCCGCCUCCGGCCUCGACCUGUCUAACGGGAAGAUGGACGAGUUGCGUCUGUCUAUGCUGCGCUACUGGGGGCUCCCGCGACCUCACGGGGGGACCAGCCCGGAGGGGCCUGUGGUUUUGGACGCCUCGUAGCCUUCAUCCC